AUGGCUUCCUCGCACACUCCUUUGGCGUACUUCCAGGUCAGUCCUGUCAGAGGACAGCUCGAACCGUACGACGGAGAGACGAGGACCGGCUGGAGGUAUCUGCAGUGCACCGAUACUCCUAAUGAGCUCAAGGUCCUCCUUCCCCCAAAGACUGCUACUCUUUACGCACAGCUCUUGCAGUACGAGACUGCAGAGCUCGCCAAGGGCAAGAAAGCUUCAUGGGACCUCAUCCUUCACAUCCGACACCUCAAGGAUCGAAUGAUUCGCAAAUGUCAACGUAUCUCUCGUCUGGCUACCCCUGCAGUUGCUUCCGGUGCUAGUGCUGCUUUCCGUAUCGUUCAUGCACCCCCCGACUUUCGCCUCAAGGAGAUGGAGAGAUGGCUUCGAGAUCAAGAACCGCGAGGGCGCACUAGGGAUCCCUCGAAGAAAUACACCGUCGAAGCCGCCGCCCCCAGGCCGCAGACUCCCCAAUCUUCCUGCAGCGUUUGCGGACAUGUACACCGAUCGGCGCAUCCUCACGAUAGCCAUGCUCAGACUGCAAGUCCUCGUUCAAGUCGCGUAGCGCACUCCGCUAGCCGUUCGAGCUUGUCGCAACGUGCACCCACGAAGGCAUCCGCGUCCGGCAAACGUCGUGUCUCUGCCUCUUCCCAAAGUACCUCUCGAUCCCAAUCUUCUUCGGGAAGUCAACGUCAUCCCAUGCGCUCCGCGCCUCUCGCUUCGCAGGCCGCGUACCUCUCGCCUGUCGUCGAAGAACGUACAGGGAUGUCGCUUUCACCGUCCUUGUCCAACCCAUAUGGCCUCACUCCCGAACAUGCCUUCGACGAUCCUGGUCCCCGUUCUGAGGUCGUUUCUCCUGAACCCCUCCCUCAUCCCUACCGCUCGAGCACGAAUCUCUCAGAAAUCCCGAUGGAAAUGCCUCAGCCUAUGACACAAAUGCCGGAACCCGUUCACUACCAACCCGUUUUUGUCGACUCUCGGGAGCAGUCGCCCCCAAUGGCGCCAGGUUCGGACUUUGGCUCGGUUCUGCCUAGUUCACCUCUAAAGGAUGACUUUGCUCCGACUGAUGCAGAUGUCCAAGAAGGCCCUCCGAUCGCUGGCUCAUCAUUAGCCAGGCCCGGUAUUCCUCGGAGGAGGAGCAGCCUCAAGCAGUCCGGGCGUGUGAGCACUGGGGAGCGCUCGACGAAGGUAGUCUCGUGGGCUAUGGAUAAUGAUUGGUCUGACCAUAUGUCCAAGUUUGACCACAUCGCGUAUGCGACUGAAAUAGCAGGCAAUGCCCUAGACGAGGCGAGGACGAAGUUCCAGGCCGAAAUUAUCGGCGUGCGGGACUUACGCCAUAACAUUACGGCAGCCUUGGAGAGAUUGCGCUUGGAAACGCAGACGUUGCAGCUGGAGGAGCAGAAUCUAGCCACGCACGAAGAGAGGCUAAAUGUCAGCUUCGAGCAACUCCGGGAGAAGGAGAACACCUACAAGGACACAGUCGCUGCCGUUCUCGAAGAGACGAAACGUGUUGUGAUGGCUGCCGAUAAGAAGAGGGAUGAACUCCUUAGUUGA